UCAUGCGGAAGUUGUAGUUCUCUGUCACUACUGUCACUUUCUAGCUUUAAGUCCUGCAGGUGAAGCAUCGGAGACGGUCCGUCCCUGAAACACAAAGUCCACAGAAAUGUCUUUGUCAUUCGAAGGAAGAGUGGUGCUUGUCACUGGCGCUGGAGGAGGUCUUGGCAAAGAAUAUGCACUGGCCUUUGCUUCAAGAGGAGCCUCUGUAGUUGUGAAUGACCUUGGGGUAGACACAAAAGGGGGUGGAAGAAGUUCUGCAGCUGCUGAUAAGGUGGUGGAGGAGAUAAGAGCAAAGGGGGGCAAAGCCGUGGCAAACUAUGAUUCUGUUGAAGAUGGAGAGAAGCUGAUCCAAAGUGCCCUCGAUGCCUUUGGAAGAAUUGAUGUUGUCGUUAACAAUGCUGGAAUACUUCGUGACCGUUCAUUUGCCAGAACCAGUGAUUUGGACUGGGACCUUAUUCAUAGAGUUCACUUAAGAGGGUCGUUCUUGGUAACGCGAGCUGCCUGGAACCACAUGAAAAAACAAAAUUUUGGCAGAAUCAUCAUGACUGCGUCAGCUGCGGGCAUUUAUGGAAACUUCGGCCAGGCCAACUACAGCGCUGCCAAGUUAGGCCUGCUGGGGCUGGCUAACACUUUGGCCAUCGAGGGACGCAAGUACAACAUCCAUUGCAACACAAUCGCUCCUGUGGCGGGGUCCCGCCUCACGGAGACCGUCAUGCCGCCAGACCUUGUGGCGUCUCUGAAGCCUGAGUACGUCGCCCCUCUGGUUCUCUGGCUCUGUCAUGAACAAUGCCAAGAAAAUGGAGGACUUUUCGAGGCUGGCGCAGGCUGGAUUGGUAAAUUACGCUGGGAGCGAACUGAGGGCCGGAUUGUGAGGCAGAGGAACAAACCGAUGACUCCUGAGGGGGUCCGGGACCAGUGGGACGCGAUCUGUGAUUUUGAAAAUGCCACCAAGCCAGCUAAUGUACAAGAGUCUCUGCAUUCAGUUGUGAGUGUGCUGUCUCAAGUGGAGUCAGAUGGAGAAGUUGGUGCAAAUCCAGCAGCAGCUGCCGCCUCCGGAGCAACAGGAUCAGGGUUUAAUCCUGCGGAAGCUAUCGGACAAAAACUGCCACCAUCCUCGUUCAGCUUCACCUCUAACCAGUGUAUCCUCUACGCGCUGGGAGUCGGCAUGUCCACCAAAGAUCCAGACAGCCUCAGGUUCCUGUACGAAGGGCAUCAAGACUUCAGCUGCCUCCCCACGUUCGGGGUCAUCCCCUCGCAGGCCGCCACGAUGGGCGGCGGCCUCAGCGCCGUCCCUGGACUCAGCAUAGACUUCACACAGGUUUUGCAUGGAGAGCAGUAUCUGGAGCUUUACAAACCUCUGCCUACUUCAGGUACCCUUACCUCUGAGACCACAGUGGCAGACAUCCUAGACAAAGGAUCCGGCGCCGUCAUCCUGCUGGACGUGAACACCUACAACGGCGACGAGCUCGUGUGCUACAACCAGUUCUCAGUGUUUGUGGUCGGAGCCGGACGCUUCGGAGGAAAGAGGAGCUCAGACAAAGCUAAAGCUCCUCUGCCUCCACCCGAGCGCGCACCAGAUGCCGUGGUGAUUGAAUCAACCACAGGAGACCAAGCCGCCUUGUACCGUCUGAGCGGAGACUGGAACCCGCUGCACAUAGACCCCGGCUUCGCCGCCAUGGGAGGCUUCCGGGCUCCCAUCCUGCACGGCUUGUGUUCGUUCGGCUUCGCGGCGAGACACGUCCUCAGGCGCUUCGCCGACAACGACCCGGCGAAGUUCAAGGCCAUAAAGGUCCGCUUUGCGAAGCCCGUGUUUCCGGGUCAGUCGCUGCAAACCGAGAUGUGGAAGGAGGGCAGCCGGAUCCACAUCCAGUGUAAAGUGAAGGAGACGGGUGACGUCGCUCUGGCUGGGGGCUACGUGGAUUUGCACGGCGCAUCAGAAGCGUCUCCUGAAAUUCUCCCUCAGGGAGGAGGCCUGCAGAGCGACCUGGUGUUCGCAGAGAUCGGCCGGCGCGUUAAAGAUCUGGGCUCAGAGCUGGUCAAGAAGGUGAACGCCGUGUUCGGCUGGGAGAUCACCAAGGACGGCGAGAAAGCUGCAGAGUGGACCAUUGAUCUGAAGAACGGCAGCGGCUCUGUGCGCGGCGGGCCGCCCGGCGGGAAGGUCGACGUGACCUUCACUCUGUCAGACGAGGACUUCAUGGAGGUGGUGACGGGGAAGCUUCAGCCUCAGAAGGCGUUCUUCUCCGGCAAGCUGAAGAUGAGAGGGAACAUCAUGCUGAGUCAGAAGCUGGAGGUCAUCCUGAAAGACUACGCCAAGCUGUGAGCGCCCACCAACCAAUCAGAAGGCUUCAGGAACCCGACCACAUCGACUCCCUCCUACUUUGUGUUUGGUGACCAUUUCUUGGCUCUCUAGGGAAAUUCAUUUAGAAAAAAUCAUCCACUGAGACAUUUCAGGAUUUAAUUGAUCUCCAUUGAAUUCAUUUAAGGACUCCUAAACGGCCUAAUCCAAGCAUCAGGUGGGGAAAUGUUUAGGUUCACUCACAUCUCUAGCUGCUCAAGUCCCUUCAGCAUAUUCAAUUCACCACAUUUCUCAUGAGUCGUGAACUUUUAUUCACAUUUUAAUAACGCACAAGAUGAAUUUAUUAACGUUUCAGUUAAACUGAAAUAAUCAAAAUCUAGAGCAGCUUUUAUGAUCUAUAUUCUCGUUUCAUGACUAAUUUACUAAAGUCAGAGGCAGUUUGAUGUAUCUGAUACUCUAAUCAGCUCAGAGUUUUAUACUAAUGUAAACUUUUGCUUAAUUUCAACUUUAUUUGUGCAAUUUAAUGCAAUGUAACAGUUCCUCCUGUAAAAUAAAUGGUGACUCUAAUUAAAGCCUUAAUGUAUUAUCUCGCAUUGCUCUUCUGCUAAUUUAUAUAACACCUUUUAAGAAGCCUGAUCUGAAGACUUCAGACACAAACGGAGCAGAAAUCGAUCCAAAAAAGUUCUAAACUCCAGUUUCAUCCUAGUAGAAACACGAUGGAGUGAAGUUUGAUCACUGGCUGUGCAGUAAACUCACUUGAGCAAGCAUGUGGCGACUAUGGGAAGGAAAAUGAACCAGUGUCUUAAUCGGUCCGUCACGGCAUCAAAUUUUGAGAUCCAAAAAUCUCUGGCAGCAGUAGCUCUUCGUAAUUCUAGCAAGUAGAAAUUUAAGCUGUUGAUGUAAUAAAUUGAUUUUGCAUGACAUAAUGAUACUACAAUUACCACUGACGUUGUUUUUAUCUAUUUUUUUAUGUACUUUCAUUCCCAUUUUACAAAAUCUUCAACGUUCCCCAGACGGAAACACAUCCAUCUGCUUUCCAGCAAAAGUUUAGUUUUAAUUUAAAACUUAAAAGCAGAAAUAAAAUUGGGUUCUUUAGAAAUUUUAAAAAUAAAUCUGAACUAGAUAUUUAUCAGAGAUGAUUUAUAUAUUUGAAAGGUCCUGUAACAAAUCUUAUUUAGCUGGACUGAAGGCAGACAUGGCUGCUGGGACUGUAAAGGUUUCUGAAUCCUCUGCAGCGAAACAUUUAUUACUGAUACUAAUAAUAACAUUCAGUAAGUUAUUGGCAGCAGCAGCAGCUCAGCCGACGGGCUUCAGGAAGUUUUCACAGCUAAACAGAAACUUUGGAUGAGAUAUAAUAUAUAACAAAGGAAAUGAAAGGGAGAAAAUAAAGCAAUAACAGUUACCUGGAGAGUAGUAGGAAAAAGUAUCAGUUUGCCUUCCAGCAGCCCAAACCUGCAGCAAUAGAUUAUCCUGAGUUUCUCCAACUAUGCGUUUUGUCAAAAUGGAAAGUUUUAAGUCCUAAAAGUAGAGCUUUCUCGUUCAGAGUGGAAGUUUGGGCGAUUAUUUUGGUUUGUAAGUAAAGCUAAAGUAAUUACCACACAAGAAUGGCUGCACUUAGUGCUGCAACUAUUCUGAUUAAUCGGAUAAAAAUAUCACGUUACAGAUUUUUCAUUUCACCUCUUAAGCUUCAAUUAUACAGAUGCAAAAAAUAAAAAAUAAAUUUUAUUGCCUAAAACGCCAUAACAUUCCUUCAAUGAAUUUGAAGCGGGGAAAUAUGAAAGAUUUACAGAUGUUUUUAUCUUAAAUGCAGAUUGUAUAUAUAUAUUGUACUGUUUUGACUUUUCUACUGCUCAGAAUGUUUUUUUUCAGUAAAUGGCCUCUUUUUGAGCCUUUAUACUCCAUUUAACGAUUCAUUGACUAUUAAAUCACUUAAUAUUUGAUUAAUCAAUUAGUCCGAUUAAUAGCUUCAGCCCGAGCUGCACCUCGAAUGUUAAAUUUCAACUCAACAUUCUUCUAUUAAAUCUUUUACUUCACAGAGGAGUGUCUAUCAAUUCCUCCACUGCUUUUGGCUGAUAAUGUUCAGGAAAGAAUGGAUGGUUUGUUGCCAAGGUAACGUCACCAUGAGCAACAUGCCUCAAAGUGGCCAUUUUCUAUUGGGCGUAUAAGGUAGUUUGUUACCAUGGAGAUGCAGGCUGGUGGAGAAUCGUUGCUGUCCUUGAAGAAAACUCGAAUAUCUUGCCGUAUUUUUAAUCCACCAGACCAAAAAAAAUAAAUAAAUAAAGUUCUUGAUUUGUCUUCAAAUAUGUACUGAACCCAGUUGCAUUAACAAAGUGACCAAAAGUGCUAAGAACACCAUGUUUCUCUUUAAUUAAGUAGAAAAGUGACAUAAAUGGAGUCAACUUAUAGCUAUGCUCAACAAAUGAGCCACAAAAAGAAACUGUCGAUAUAAAGUUUCAAAGCUACAGAGACAUUUUAAGGCGGCGUUUCCAUAGAUACAUGAAGAGCAUUACGCUGGAUGAGAAGAGGUCUAAAUGUUAAUGUGACUCAGCCAUUUACUAAUAAAUUAAAGCUGAUCAGAUGUGUCAGUUUGCAUGAAGCCACUCCUUAUAUGGUCACAAAUUAUUACUCUGAAUCCUUUCCUGCUAAAAUUGCUUCAUUUCUACUUAAUAAAAAAAAACAAAAAUAUAUAUAUAUAUAUAUAUAUAAAGACAACUUUCUUUUCUGGUUUCACAUUUUUCCUUUAUUACAUCAGUAGAGUUCCGUAUAUAAUUCAAUGAUUUACAUUAGAAAAUUAGACUUAUGUAAUCAAGUUCACAUUUGGAAGAUUAAAAGAGGAGAGAAGAAACAAAUCAAUUCAAUUCCAUUCGGGCCAGAGACGUUUGUUUGAUCGUCUUUGUGCAGCAGCUGCAACCUGAAACAAAACACUGUUAAACUGCAGGACUUUAAAGAAAUGAACAAUGAUUUGUUGUUUUUUUUAAAAAAAAAAUCUGUUUAUUGUCCAGUUUCUGUAAAAAUACACUCAGCUGGCUACAAUAAAAUUGACCGUUCUCUCCAAGCUGCUGCAGAACAUUUUCCAAACAUGCAGAUUUGCAGAGAACAAAAAAAAAAAAGGAAGGAAAAUACGAGUUGAAUUUGCAGUUUGAUCAGCUUAUACUCCUAAACAUGAACAUAUUUCAUAAAUAUACCCGUCUAUACAGAAUAAUCUUCAUAAAGUGGCUUUUAUCAUCACCCACCGUUUGUCUACGACUAGUAGAGAUUAAAAUAAACUUGUGUAUCUAUAUAUGUACAGAACUGCAUGAAACGCCUUUCAUCUAAGUGUUUUCCUAAGAUCAGGUAUAUCUGAUACAAGUUUUAAGGGUUUUAAUCACAAUAAUAUCAAGAUAUCACUAGAGCUGCACUGAUCAGUUGGGCAAAAGCUGCAGGAAUUCGAUAAAUGCAUCAAAACUAGAAACUCCCACUCUUUCUCAGUCUAUAAACGUCAGCAUGAACUCUGAUGGACUUUUCUGUG